AUUUUUAUGUUUUUUUCUGUUAAUAUAAUGACUUUACUCCCUUAAUGUUUUGUCUUAAUUCUUGUAAAAUUACUACUUUUUUCCGUUUUUGCUGGUGUUUUUUAAAUUUUAUUGUUUAAUAGUAUUUUUAGAAUGUGUCGAGGGCUGUAAAUGGCUCCCGGGCCGCACUUUGGACACUCUUGGUCUAAAUAGUGGCAAGUGGGUACAUUUCACACCCAACAUUUCCAAAUGGUGUUCCUCGUGUGAAUAUUUAAUGUGAGCACCAUUGUUACCUAGCUCUGUCUUUUAAUCCUUUUGGCCGUGGAAUUGAGCCGAGCGGCACAGGUUGUUACUGGAAACUCCUCCAUGAUGACAUCACUGGUGGACAUGGUGGAUGGAUGGCAGCCGCCUUGCGCUUCUCCACCUUCCAUCACCUUCAGCUUCCUCAGCAAGAUACUUGUCAUCUCGGAGAGGAGGAGGAGGGCUGAUGCUGCCUGCUGGUGCUGCCGGUGGUGUUGGAGGAAGAGGAAGAGGUGGGAGGAGGCUGACGGCCCAGCAAGCUCUUCAGAGCCUUGGAAGGAGGAAGGAUGGAGGAACAGGAAAAGGGCGAUUUAUAGUCUCUCUCCUCUUCAGCCGGUAUCUAUCUGGACUAAUACGGAUGGGAAGGAAAGGAUGAUGCGGGACGUCAAUUUGCCGCAGGCUUGAAUCCAUCCAGAACCCCGAUGGAGCAGGAUGUGGAGAGUCCAGCCAUCAACACACAGCUCAAGUUGCCCAAGCAGGCCCGUGAGGACCUGCCCAAACAGCUGGCAGAAAUGGACAGGGCCAAGAGGAUCCAGCGCUAUGUCCAGAAAGACGGCAAAUGCAAUGUCCACCACGGCAACGUGCGCGAGACCUACCGCUACUUGACGGACAUCUUCACCACGCUGGUAGACCUGAAGUGGAGGUUCAAUCUGUUUAUCUUUGUCCUGGUCUACACGGUCACAUGGCUCUUCUUCGGCUUCAUGUGGUGGCUCAUUGCAUACCUGCGCGGGGACUUGGACCACUUAGCAGACAACCUUUGGACUCCGUGCGUCAACAACCUGAACGGGUUUGUGUCCGCCUUUCUGUUCUCCAUUGAGACAGAGACCACCAUCGGGUACGGAUACAGGGUCAUCACGGACAAGUGCCCCGAGGGCAUCGUUCUGCUCCUGGUCCAGUCAGUGCUGGGAUCUAUCGUCAACGCCUUCAUGGUGGGCUGCAUGUUCGUCAAGAUCUCGCAGCCCAAGAAACGUGCAGAGACGCUGGUGUUUUCCACCAACGCGGUCAUUUCCAUGCGAGAUGGGCGGCUGUGCCUAAUGUUCCGAGUCGGGGACCUCCGGAACUCGCACAUUGUGGAGGCCUCCAUCCGGGCCAAGUUGAUCAAGUCCAAGCAGACCAAGGAGGGCGAGUUCAUCCCCCUCAACCAGACGGACAUCAAUGUGGGCUACAACACGGGAGAUGACAGGCUCUUCCUCGUGUCUCCGCUCAUCAUCUGUCACGAGAUCAACCAGAACAGCCCCUUCUGGGACAUCUCACCUGCACACCUGGCCAAGGAGGAGCUGGAAAUAGUCGUCAUCCUGGAGGGCAUGGUGGAGGCCACUGGCAUGACAUGCCAGGCCAGGAGCUCAUACGUGAGCAGCGAGAUCAAGUGGGGCUACCGCUUCACACCCGUCCUGACGCUGGAGGACGGCUUCUAUGAGGUGGACUACAACAGCUUCCACGACAUCUACGAGACCAACACGCCCGCCUGCAGCGCCAAGGAGCUGGCCGACAUGAGCAGCCGCGCCCGCCUGCCCCUCACCUGGUCGCUGGCCAGCAAGCUGAGCCAGCAGGGCCUGCCCGAGGCUGAGCAGGAGGGGACGCCGGAGGCAAAGAGCCCUCUACAGACUGAGAGGAACGGAGACAUCGGCAACGUGGAGAGCGAGUCCAAAGUGUAGCCGGGAUGUGCGGAGUGACGUUAGGUGACGUAUUUUAGCAAGGAAACGACACCGUGACACCCUGACAGUGCAACAUGCAUGUCUCUCCUGACAAGAUCCCUAUUAUUUUUUCUAGUAGACUAUUCCUAUAGAUGCAUUUGCAUAUUAAGUAUUUUUGUACAUAAGAUGAAAUGUUUUGGUUGAGUGAAUAUUUGACACGUUUGAUACUAAUUCUCUUAGGCUAGGCCUGUAAAUAAUACUAUGCCUUACUGUAUCUAUCAAGCUUUCAUUGUUUAUCUUUUGUUUUCGUUUUCAGACAAUUCAAUGACAGGACACCUCAUUAGGAACACCUGCACCAGGUAAUGACGGCCGUUACUCGAGCUGCAUCAAUAAUUCAGACUUUACAAAGGUAAUAAUCGCAAAUAAAGGAUCUUUGACGAGGGUUUUUGUAGUAGGUCCUUAAAAACAGCAGAGCGCACCUGUCAUAUGGAGGAUCUCUGAUGAGCGUUUUUGUAGUAAGCCCUUAAAAACAACAAGAGCGUUCCUGUCGUAUAGACAACCUUUGCAGUAGGUUCUUAAAAACAAUGGAGCGUUUCUGUCAGAUAGAGGACCUUUGUAGUAGGUUCUUAAAAACAGUGGAGUGCUUCAGCCAUACAGAGGACAUCUGAAGAGCAUUUUUGUAGUAGGUCCUUAAAAACAGCAGUGUUCCUGUCAUAUACAGGAUCUCUGACUAGUGUUUUUGUAGUAGGCCCUUAAAAAACAGCAGAGCAUUCCUGUCGAAUAGAGGACCUUUGAAGAGUGUUUUUGCAGUAGGUCCUUAAAAACAAUAGAGCGUUUCUGCCGUAUAGAGGACCUUUGUAGUAAAUCCUUGAAAACAACAGAGCCCCUCCCAUCACAAAGAGGAUCUUUGAGGAGCAUUUGUGUACUAAGUCCUUAAAAACAGCAGAGCACUCAUUCCACAUAGAGGAUCUCUGACAAGCAUUUUUGUAGUACGCCCUUAACAACAGCAGAGUGCUCCUGUCACAUAUGGUGGAUCUUUGAGAAGCAUUUUUGUUGUCGGUCCUGAAAAACAGCAGAUUGCUCCUGUCAUUUAGAGGAUCUUCGACCAGCAUAUUUGCAGUAAAAACAUCAGCGUGCUUGUGUCACAUACUGUAGAAGGUCUUUGACCAGCAUUUUUUUUGUUUAGUUUUACAGUAGGUAUGAGAAUCCAUCCAUCUAUUUUCUAUGCCGCUUAUCCUCCUUAUCCUUAGGGUCGCGGGUAUGCUGGAGCCCAUCCCAGCUGACUUCCGGUGAGAGAUGGGGUAAACCCUGGACUGGUCGCCAGUCCAUCGCAGAUAGUAUGAGAAUCAUGUAGUAAUAAACAUAAAAAAGAAGUUCAAGUAAUCAAUUAUUAUCUUUGUAAACGCAUCAUUGUGUGACACAGCUCUUGUAGUGGAUCUCAUGAGAUUGUGCAGGUGUACCUCGUGAAGUGUCCAGUGUGUAUAAGCAUGUACAAACAUGAAUUUAUCCUGUAUGAUGUAUUUAUUUAUACUGUGAGGAGAAGCACAUACAGAUGACAAAAAGGAUGCAAAGUUCCAGUUGAAACCAAUGACAAGUUCUUCUUCAAGUCACUCCCGCCCCCACUCCCACCACCACCCCCAGCCCCUCCCUUGAAGCUUUGCGGAAAGUUCCACAAGGCAAGCCAUGACUUUGCUUUAUGCUGACUUCACUCGACAGCCCUUUAAAACUGCUUUUUUUCCUCACUGUUUUGCACAUGGGAGAGGCUGGAGAGAGAUGUUGCAGUAAAUAACUAAAAAAAACCUCACCCAACAGUAUCAUAAAUAUAAUAAAUAAACAGCAACAUUA